AUGAGCUUUGCUCGCUUUGCUCUAUGGCUGGUCAGUACGUCGCUGGUUCUCGCCCAAUCAGCCUCCAAUUCGACUAUAGCUGCUUCGUCAACUGCCGCCACUGAUAUUGGGAGUCUUUCGACAAGCUUAUUGUCAACUCUUUCAAUAUCUUUUCCUUUGUCGACCCUUUCGUCAACUGCAUCUCUAUUGUCCAGUAUCGCGUCUACAGAGACAGCAACAGUCCUCAGUUCAUCUGUAUCUGGCUCUGCCGCGUCCACAUCGACUGCGAAUGUCUCCAUUUCAUCUAUUUCAGGCUCUGCCACAUCAUCUUUGAGCUUAUCGGCCACCUCAGUCUCAAUCACCACCGCGGCAACCACGAGUUCUGCAACUUCCGAACCAUUGACGGAGUCCAGGGUAACGGUCCCGAUAUCCUCUUACACAUUUUCCAGUUUCCCUGUACCGUCUGAAACAGCCAUUCCGAAUGUCUUUCCUGUCACGGACCCGAUGGAUCCGCCUCCAGUGGGUGCCGCAGUUGUUCCCGAUUUUGAGGCUGCUUGGGCUGCUGCAUACCAAAAGGCUGAGGCUUUGUUAGCCAAUUUUACACUUCACGAAAAAAUAAAUAUCACCACUGGAGUAGGAUGGGAAAAUGGUCUUUGUGUGGGUAAUAUUGGAGCGAUUGGUGAUUUCCCCGGAUUAUGUUUGGAGGAUUCUCCUCUCGGUGUUCGUGACGCUGAUUUCAUCACCGGAUUCCCUGCUGGUAUCAACUCUGCCACGACAUGGAACCGUGAACUCAUGCGUCGCAGAGGGCUGUUUAUGGGUCGCGAGCACGUUGGCAAGGGUGUUAAUAUCGCUCUCGGACCGAUGAUGAACCUCGGGAGAAAUGCAGCAGGAGGAAGAAACUGGGAAGGCUUCGGUGCUGAUCCGUUCCUUUCCGGCGAGACUGCGUACGAGACCGUGCUGGGAUUGCAGAAUGCUGGUGUACAAGCUUGUGCGAAACAUUUCAUCAACAAUGAGCAAGAGCAUUAUCGAACUCUGGAAAGCUCAAAUGUGGAUGAUCGAACACAACAUGAGCUUUACGCUCAUCCGUUCUUGAAGGCUGUAAUGGCCGGUGUUUCGAGUGUAAUGUGUUCCUAUAACUUGAUUAACGGAACUUAUGCAUGCGAAAAUGACAAAAUGAUGAACGAUAUCCUCAAACGAGAAUUCGGGUUUCAAGGUUUCGUUAUGUCGGACUGGGGUGCCACAGAAUCAACGAUUUCUGUUGUAACUGGGCUCGACAUGACAAUGGCAGGAGACAUAACUCUCGGCUCUCACACAACGUUCUUCGGUCAAAACUUGACUGCAUAUGUCGAGAAUGGCACUGUACCGGAAAGUCGGAUAGAUGAUAUGGCCACCCGUAUCGUUGCUGCAUGGUAUUAUCUCCACCAAGAUGCCCCUGGGUUCCCUAAAACCAACUUCAAUGCCUUCCUUCCCGGAGACCUUGCAACCAACUUCCAUGUCGAUGUUCAAGACGAGCAUUAUAAGCUUGUACGCGAGAUGGGCGCCGCUUCAACUGUGCUGCUAAAGAAUGUAAAGGGGGCGUUGCCACUGACAGGCAGGGAGAGGAAUCUGUUCAUGGCCGGAAGCGAUGCGGGACCUGCGGAUAUCGGACCGAAUAAGUACGCGGAUCAGGGAGGACAGACUGGAAUCCUAGCCAUGGGAUGGGGUAGUGGAACGGCUAAUUUCACGUACUUGAUUUCACCUUACGAAGCUAUCCAACAUCGCGCCCGCAGACACCGUACAUCGAUUUCCUGGACCUUCGAUGACUUCGACCUCGACCGAGCCGGGAACAUGGCCAUUGGCCAGAGCGUUAGUCUUGUUUUCAUCAAUUCCGAUUCAGGAGAGGAUUAUAUUGUGGUGGAUGGAAAUGAGGGUGAUCGGAAAAACCUCACAGCAUGGCACGGUGGAGAUGAUUUGGUCCUCGCUGUAGCGGCGCAGAACAACAAUACGGUAGUAGUCAUUCACAGUGUAGGCCCAUUGAUUCUAGAAUCUUGGAUCGAUCAUCCAAAUGUUACAGCUGUUCUUUGGGCUGGCCUUCCAGGUACAGAAGCAGGGAAUUCCCUCGUUGAUGUUUUAUACGGCGAAUGGAAUCCUUCAGGACGCCUCCCUUACACCAUAGCUAAGAAUGCCUCAGACUACCCAACGAUGAUAAUAGAAGGAGAUAUUGCCGGAGAGACACCUGGACAGGCUGGAGGCGGGGAUGUAGUCUUGAAUAUUACCUACUCGGAGAAGUUGGAAAUUGAUUACAGAUGGUUCGACGCUAAAAACAUCACACCCCGUUUUGAGUUCGGGUUUGGACUCAGUUAUACGACAUUCGAAUACUCCAACCUGAAUAUUGGAAAAAUUCCUCAAACUGACAGUGAGCAAACGUCUGAUGAGGCUCGGUGGGAUUCUGGAAAUGCGACGAGAAUCGAGGAGGGGAGUAGUACGGCAUUGUGGCUUCACCGACCUGCUCAUAACGUCACUUUCGAUGUGAAGAAUACGGGAGAUGUAUACGGCGGUGAUAUUCCGCAAGUGUAUAUUCACCAUCCAGCCUCUGCCGGCGAACCGCCUUCCGUCCUCAAAGGAUUCACCAACGUCGAAGUCAUGCCUGGGGAAACGAAGCUAGUAAGCAUCCCACUAUCAAGAUAUGACUUGUCGAUUUGGGAUGUAGUACAACAAGGGUGGCGGAGGCCCGAUGGAGACAUCAACGAGAUUAAGUUAACGGUCGGCGCGAGUUCGAGGGACGAGAGGUUAAAUGGGACUAUACCUUUGUAG